AUGGAGGAAGUGCAAGUGCAAGUGCAAGGCGAUGCCGCGUUCACGUCGUUUCCGGGCGAGGGCUUCCGCUUCGGCAGCAGCUUCUGGCUGGAGAACCAAGUGACCAAGAAGCGCUGGACGUGCGAGGUGGCGGAUGUUGCUGCGUUUGCUCCGACGGGUGUGGUGCUGCCUUGGGAGACGGUCCUUCACUAUGUAGCGGCCAGUCUGAAGGAGUCUGCAGCCGCCACCGAUAGUGCCGACCAGACACCAACUCUCGUUCGGGAAGACGACGACCAGAGGUUGCUGCUGGAGGUGACCAUCAGGCUGGGAGUGACGGGCUUCGCCUGGGCGCCCAAAUAUGUUUUCCCCAUGACACUCGAGCUGCGGAACGCUACGCCGACGGACGUGCAGAUCAAACUCCUCACUACGCAGGUGCAAGAACUCCAGCAGGAAGUGAACACGCUCAAGAAGCUGGUGGAAGAUGUGCUGCGCGUUCAGGCCAAGCCUGAACCAGCGGCGGCGCUGGUGGAGGAGCUCCAGCAGGAAGUGAAGACACUCAAGGAGCAGAUGCAAGCUGUACUGCGAGAUCAAGCCGAGUCCCAGCCAGCAGCAGCAGUAAGCUCCUCGUCUUCGCCAGCUUCCGAGACGCCGUCUGACGUUGAUUCUCCCCAUCGCCAGCCAACGCCAACGCAGUCUCCAGCUGCGGGUUCAACUCAAUCCCCGAAAUCGUUGCCAACGCCUUCUCGUAAGGACCAAGUGUGGGGCGACAUCAUCGGGCAGUCAUGCCACCGACUCGUGCAAGUUGAUGAAUACCGCGAGACGCGCAAUUCCGACGGCGGAGUGAUGCGCAGACAUCGCCAACGCGCCUGCAAAGUGUGCUCUGCCCUGAAGGGGGAUCGCAGGCGUCCAUUUGAAACGUCUUUCUACUGUGAAGAGUGCACGGAGCAACACAAAGGCGGCAUGGUGUUUCUGUGCGACAAGGUGCGGCAUCAUGAGGCGGACCAAUACCAAAAUGCUACGUGCAGCCAGAUCUGGCACGUGAUGUGGAAAAACGGCGAGGAUAUCCCGUUGAAUGGAGCAUCCAUAAGAAUGCGGAAAAAGCUGAAGCUAAGCAGCUCAAGUGAGGGUGAGACGGCGGCAUCGACUGCGAUAGCAACGCCCGUGCGCAGGUCAACACGCGAAGGUUUGUAG